AUGUUGCGAUGGGGCUAUCCCACAACUCUGCUGUGCGUCUAUGGGUUCUUCAGUACUGUGAAACCUCUCGUACCCUUCAUCUACCCUUACCUGACUGGUCCAGACAAAAACCUGACGGUGGAACAGGUGACCAACGAGAUCUACCCUGUGUGGACAUACUCCUACCUGGCUGUGAUGGUGCCAGUCUUUCUGCUCACCGAUUGGCUGCGCUACAAGCCCGUCAUGGUGUUUCAGUGCAUCAACUUCUUCAUAACCUGGGCGAUGAUGCUAUUGGRGCAGGAGGUGGCAGCCUUUAAGGCGAUGCAGUUCUUCUAUGGCGUGAAGUCGGCCUGUGAAGUGGCCUUCUUCUCAUACAUCUACAGCAUAGUGGACCUGAAAUACUACCGAAAGGCUACAUCCUACUGCCGUAGUGUACAGCUGCUAGGAUACAAGGUGGGCUCUGUGCUGGGACAGCUGCUGGUCAGUUUCAACCUCAUGUCCUACAACAACAUCCUGGUACUUACCCUGGUGUUAAUCUCCAUCGCCCUGGUGACUUCCCUCUUCCUGCCCAUGCCACAGAGAAGCAUGUUCUUCCAUCAGAGUCAAAGUGACCCACCGCAGACCACAGAAGGAGGGGACAGGUGCGCAGGUAAUGUGUCCACUAAGGGGCCAGUGAGGUCUAGGGGCUGCAGCCAGGUCUUUUUGCUGCUGUGGAGAGACUUUCUCCAGUGCUACUCUACCAGGGCACUGCUGUACUGGUCAGUGUGGUGGGUACUGGCUACCUGUGGCUACAACCAGGCGCACAUACAGCCAUCCCAGAAAGUCCAAGUCUACAACGGAGGGGUGGAAGCUGUGUCCAACCUGUUUGGUGCAGCGACGGCCUAUGGCAUUGGUUUCAUCCAGGUGGACUGGGCCCAGUGGGGAGAGUUGUUCCUGGGCUCCAUCUCUGGCCUGGGUGCUGCAGCCCUGAUCAUCAUGACCUUCACUGACAACAUCUGGGUCUGCUAUUCCGGCUAUGUUGCCUUUAAGGGCCUCUACAUGCUGCUUAUCACAUUUGCCAUGUUCCAAAUUGCUACUGAGCUCUCUAUGGAGAGAUAUACACUGAUCUUUGGCACAAACAACUUUGGGUCUUUGGUCCUACAGACUAUCAUCACAUCCGUUGUGGUGGAUGGCAGGGGGCUUGGCUUGGGCAUCAUCCCGAAGUUCAUCAUUUAUGGAAGCUACUUCUCAGCCAUCGCUGUCAUUUUCUUUCUGAGAGGUGUGUACACGAUAAUGAGAGUGCGGCAAAGCCACAGAGACUCCACCACUGCAGAGGAGCCUCCAAGCCCAACCAUGUGUACACCACUGCAAGCUUGAACAUGCAGUGGAACAAAAAGAAGAACCCAAAGUAGAAGUGUUUUCAUCUGACCGGGUCUGACCACAGACCUGUCUGUCCAAAACUGAGGGGGACAAGGUGUCUCACCAAACAUCUACUUUAAAAUAUAAUAUCAUGCUGCUCUGUAUACUUGUAUUUAUAAUCAAAAUAAAAGUAAUGUUC